GGCUCCCUGCGCCGCAGCAGCCCCCCAAUGCGGCCGCGAGAAGCAGCGGGGGGGCAGGCGAUCGAAGACUCUAGAAGCAUCGUCUCCUAGAAGACCGGUGUUCUUCUGAUUAUGGAGGCCCCUUUGUCCUUUCUGUGACGGGAGAGAUGCUGACCUCGGUUUCCUGGACCCAUUCCAACUCAGGAGCCUUCACGUAAAUGGGUCCAGUCAUGCCUCCCAGUAAGAAGCCAGAAAGCUCAGGAAUCAGUGUCUCCAGUGGGCUGAGUCAGUGUUACCGGGGCAGCAGUUUCUCCAAGGCCCUGCAGGAAGACGAUGACCUCGACUUUUCUCUGCCUGACAUCAAAUUAGAAGAGGGGGCCAUGGAAGAUGAAGAGCUGACCAACCUGAACUGGCUGCAUGAGAGCAAGAACUUGCUGAAGAGCUUUGGGGAGUCAGUGCUCAGGAGUGUCAGCCCCGUCCAGGAUGUGGACGAUGACACUCCCCCGUCCCCAGCCCACUCUGACAUGCCCUAUGAUGCCAGGCAGAACCCCAACUGCAAGCCCCCCUACUCCUUCAGCUGCCUCAUAUUUAUGGCCAUCGAGGACUCUCCGACCAAGCGCCUGCCAGUCAAGGAUAUCUACAACUGGAUCUUGGAACAUUUUCCGUAUUUCGCAAAUGCCCCUACUGGGUGGAAAAACUCAGUCAGGCAUAAUUUGUCGUUGAAUAAGUGUUUUAAGAAAGUGGACAAGGAGAGGAGUCAGAGUAUUGGAAAAGGGUCAUUGUGGUGCAUAGACCCCGAGUAUAGACAAAAUCUAAUUCAGGCUUUGAAAAAGACACCUUAUCAACAGUGCUCACAUGUGUUCAGUACACCGCCCACCUCUCCUCAGGCAUAUCAAAGCACAUCAGGUCCACCCAUCUGGCCGGGCAGCACUUUCUUCAAGAGAAAUGGAGCCCUUCUACAAGAUCCUGACAUUGAUGCUGCCAGUGCCAUGAUGCUUUUGAAUACUCCCCCUGAGAUACAAGCAGGUUUUCCUCCAGGAGUGAUCCAGAAUGGAGCACGGGUUCUGAGCCGAGGGCUGUUUCCUGGUGUCCGGCCAUUGCCAAUCACUCCCAUUGGGAUGACAGCAGCCAUGAGGAAUGGCAUCACCAGCUGCCGGAUGCGGACUGAGAGCGAGCCAUCGUGUGGCUCCCCGGUGGUCAGCGGAGACCCCAAGGAGGACCACAACUACAGCAGUGCCAAGUCCUCCAACGCCCGGAGCACCUCGCCGGCCAGCGACUCCAUCUCCUCCUCCUCCUCGGCUGACGACCACUACGAGUUUGCUACCAAGGGGAGCCAGGAGGGCAGCGAAGGCAGCGAGGGGAGCUUCCAGAGCCACGAGAGCCACAGUGAGGCGGAGGAGGACGACAGGAAGCAGAGCCAGAAGGAGGCCAAGGAUGCUCUGGGGGACAGCGGGUAUGCAUCCCAACACAAGAAGCGCCAGCACUUCGCCAAGGCCAGGAAGGUCCCCAGCGACUCGCUGCCCCUCAAAAAGAGACGCACAGAAAAGCCCCCGGAGAGCGAUGAUGAGGAGAUGAAAGAAGCGGCCGGGUCGCUCCUGCACUUAGCAGGGAUUCGGUCCUGUUUGAAUAACAUCACCAAUCGGACGGCAAAGGGGCAGAAAGAACAAAAGGAAACCACAAAAAAUUAAAAACAAGUCACUGAUUUGUUUUGAACUUAUGGCCAUUUGGUUUCAGCAUGUCAGGAGAUUUCUAAUGAUUUGUGGCAAUAUCAGCAAUUUUUUUUAUUUCUUUCUUUUUUUUUUUUUGGUUUGGUUUUCUUUUUUUUCUUUUUUUUUUUUUUUUUUUUUUAUUUUGCCCCCUCUCCUUUGUUUUGGACCCUUAAGAAUUUUAUUUUUAAAGGAGAUUGAAGCCAUAGAACUCAUAUUGACACUCAGCUGUUUUACAAAAGCUUUUCAUUAUCUGAAGACAAAAUCGAAAAAGCCAAAAUUACCAUUGCUUCCUCCAGCUUGUCAGAAACAUGUGGCCGAAUCCAGUGAUGUCAGCAUUAAUGCCACAGAAGUACGCGUUCGGCACCUAGAAGGCACGUGUGCAAAGGGAUUAUCUUUCAGGCCCAGCCCUUAGGUUUAAAGAGUCAGGAUGUCCGUGCAGUUGUGCUCACGUAAAGCAACUGGGGAGAAGGAGGAGCCCCCGACCCCUGGGAGCAGACCUAGGCUUGUGGCACCAGGCAUCCUCUUGUGCCAGGAGAACCCUUGGCACUGUCAUGCAGUGAGCACAGGGAUCUGCCUACAGUCCUCUGUACCUCUUGACACUGAAGCCUGACCACGUCUUACAAGAUGGACCCUGGACGGAUCCUAUAUGUCAGGUGUCCAUGACUAAUGAGAAGAAACGGGGUCCAUUUAUAGUGAUGUUGCUCAUCAUUGAUUCUGUUCUGUAGUAAAUUAAGAAAAUGUUCCAAAAGCCAUAAGCCUGAGGGUUGGCCCUACAUGUACACGUAACACACUCUCUCUCUCUCUCUCUCUCUCUCUCUCACACACACACACACACACACACACACACACGUGAGAGUAAGCCUACUGGUGCAGAAAACAUGCUGUGUCUUCUUAACUGUUCAAGGGAAAAGUAAUUAAAUCCAAGAAAUCCCGAUAGCUGUUAAGGAAGAAAAUAAUGGUACCGAUCUGAUUCUGUCUAUCAAAACUAUUUAAUCCCAGUGAAAACAAAACACAAAGCUACGGAACCUGCCAUUAAGUAUUGUGGUGUAAUUUUAAAAGAUUAAAGGCACAUUGAUGGACAAAAAAGAAACAAAAAAAACACAAAAAACAAAAAGAGUAAAACAUGAGAAAAACAGAAAAUAACUCCUAUAACUGCCCUCAAAAUGGAGUUUGCAAUUAAUGUCAGUCAAAAUUCAUCUUUGCAAAAAUCACUGAUUUCCACAUUCAGCCAGAGUAGCCAGCAGAAAUUUCUGACCCACAAUGCAUGGAUUCCUUUGAAGAAAAAAAAAAAAAAAGAAAAAGAAAAAAAAAAUCACAAAAACAAACUUUUUUUAAUUCAAAAAUAACAAAGUUCUUGUAAGGUAAAUAAUGUAUUUAGCAUGAAGCAUGAAUUAUUUUCAUAUAAAUAUAGAAAAUAGAGAAAAGGCUAUGCCUCUAAUUUUUAAGCCCUUAGGCUUAGAAGUUCUUUUGGUUUCCUUUCUUUUCCUUUCUGUGUCUUUUUUUUUUUUUUUAAGUUUCUUUUCUUUUUUUUCUUUUUUUUUUCCCUGGGUUAUUUUGUUUUGGUUUUUUGAAGCAGGUGUUUAAGGUUUAACCUUCUUCAGGGACAAAUUCUGACUGUUGGGGAACUUACUCUGCAAUAUAAAAAUAUCUUCAUGCUCUGGUAGGGCUCGGAUGGUUGAACUCUGUACACUGCCUUGUCUGCACUUCAGCCCCGACCCCCUCUGAUUCUCUGUUGAAACGCGUGUCCUUUCUCUUUGUCUGUACAUGUUUCACAUGACGCAAUAAUUUGAGGGCAAACUUAGUAGUGAGUGUGUAUGAUAGAAUCAAGAGAAUUAUGGGACGCUUACUUGAGGAAAUCAUUGCUGUGAUUUGGUUCUAGGAAAAGGCAGUGAAUAAUUAUGCAAAUUCGCCAGGAAAAGGGGAAACAUGCUAAUGGGCCUUAUUGGGUGAGGGUACGAGAUAGGGUACACGUGAAGGAGGAAGUGACACAGGGGUUGGAAGGCCAGCCCCAGACGCUGCAUUGUGACCACGCCAUUUCGCAGUAGGAAGGAGGGGCCGGCUAUCUGUACCACCUCAGCACAGGAACUAACCUGGAAUUAAGACCACCUAGAUUGUGAGAGCUGAAUUUAGACAACCGGAUGAUGUCACACAGACCAGAAACUCCUGUUAUCUUUGCCUAAAAAAAAAAUUUUUUUUUUUAAUAUUUUUUUGAAGAUCCAAAGAGAAAUCUCUCAAAGAAUAGGAUCUUCUCCCCACAUGGAGGGAAGUUAUAAAAAAAAAAACCCCAGAAAUAUCCCCUACUGUGGCUCAGGUGAUGGUAAGGGAAACGAGGGGAAACUGAGGUGAUCUUGUAUUUUUAAAACAAGAUCGUUAUCGGGCAAAGCUGAGCCCUUUUGCCAGGACCGGGCACUGUCAGAAGUUCCAUCAGCCAGAACAGUAGGAUUCACUGGUGCAUUCCCAGACUUAGCUCCUGUGAGUUACUAACGCGAGAACCUGGCAAAAUGUAUACUUCUGCCACAGGUCACGUUUGUUACCUGACCCCGGUAAUUCCAGCAUAUGUGUGCAGGGCGCAUGCGGGAAUAAAGAUGCAUUCUCUGCAGUGCUCUGUCCCCUCCCUCUCUGCAAACAUCGGACACCCCCAAAGCCACCUACAGCCAGGGAACCUGAGCAGCACCACAGUGUGUGUCAUCACUUGACCAAGCCCCAAAGACCACCACCUCUGUUCCCCACCUCCCCCUCCCCUCCGACAUGAUAAAAUUCAGACUUCUCUCCUGAACGGCAGAGGUAAACGUUCAGGACGGUUUCUGGCAGGGGACUUCUUCCAGUGAAAACCCCCACAGUGGGCUGUCUCCCCUCAUUUCAGUUUUCUGAAGGGGCAAAGGCCUCUUUUAGAAAAUAAUAAAAUGCAAUGUGUGUGAUUUACUUUUCUGAUCUCUUUGAGAAAUAGAGAAAUAUCUUAUAAAAGUGUGUUCUUAACUCCAGAACCACUCUUUGCAUAAAUACCUCAUCGGGCAGCUUUCUAAGUGUUAUUUUCCUGAGUCUCCCUGGGCCCCCUUGCUGGGUCUCCUGGAAGACUCAUUGGGGAAACUUUAGUGAGGGUACUUUUUUCUAUUUUUCUUCUGUUUUUGGAGGCAUACACAUUAUGCAUAACCAAAACAAUGGCUCAAUUGUGUUUAAACUUUGUAUUUUGAUUGUUGAGAAAAACAAAAAGUAUCAAUGUGUAUGUGGCUGUUUGUAGUGAAUUCAUUGCAGAAUGAGGUUGUCCGUGUCCUUAACAAGCCCAGGGGCAGGAGGCACCCUCUCUUAUCCCUCCAAGAGCAGUAGAGAAUUUAAGCACAAGCCUAUUUGUGAAAGAAUAUUUUGCUUAAGUGUAUUUCACUUUAGUCUUGGAAUUCCUUCCCAAACGUCAGGUGUUCUUUUAGCUUCCAAACUAGCAUAUGUAUCCAUUAGUCUGCCAGAUCGCCUGAGCACCAUUAAGGGGGGUGACGUUUUUGCUUUCAUUUAUCCUGCUGGGAGAAAUGGCGGUUCGUGUGUCAUUCCAGUAUGUAAUAUCUCACAUACUCACAUGGGGUGGGGGGGAGGGGAAGCGGGGAACUAUAGCAAUAUUUAAAGAUGCUUUGGAAAACAACCACCGUGAUCACAUCAGCACCGUGACAUCUGCGAUAACUUGCUAUUGGCCCUCGGA